AUGGAGUCUUAGUUAAGCUUUAAUUGCAUCCGAUAACAUACAUUUUUAGAUUAGAAAUAUGUUCUUAAAUUGCUUCCAACUAAGAUUACUCUUAAUUAAGUAUGCCUUGAAUAUAACAAAGAUUGGUAAAAAGCCUAAAUACAUAAUUGAUUUAAAAUUACAUAACACAAUCUCAUGGCACUUAAAUCAAAUGAACUAACUUGCAAGUUUUAGCAUAAUAUGGAAUAAUAUUGAGAAACAAUUUCACUCAGGUCAUGAAGAUCUCUUUAAACUACGUUAAAAUAUAAAAAAUAAAAUUAUGUUUCAACAUGUUUAACAUCUUUACAAACCAAUGUAAUAAUUAGGAGAAGGAAAUUUUGAUGAAGUAAUUCAUUCAAAAAUUUAGGUAUAUUUAUGCAUAGACAGAAUAAAUAGUAAUUCAUAUGAAAUAAAAUGUAUUGCUAAAAAUUAAUUUGAAGAUUCAAUUGUAUUUAUACCAUAUUUUACUCAAGACUCGAAUUCAUAAUGAAAUAUCUUGUUUAACAAAUAUUAAAUCUGAUUAUGUUCAACAUUUGCAUGAAGUAUUUAAUGGAGAAAAUACUGUUUAUUUAAUUUAGGAGUAUUUAGAAGGUGUAAAUUUAUAUGAAUUAAUAAUGAAUGUUGCAUUAAACAGAACUUAAAUAUUAAUUAUUAUGAAAGUAAUUAUAAAUAUCAGUAUCAUAAAGUAAUUGAUUAUUGCUGUGAGAGAUAUCCAUUCUAGAAAUAUUAUGCAUAGAGAUAUUAAACCAACUAAUAUAGUAUUCAAAAAUAAAGAUUCCAUAGAAGGAUUAAAAUUAACAGAAUUUCAUUUAGCAGUUUAUAUAGAUCCAUCAUAGGAAUUAAGAGUAUGUGGAACUCCUGGUUAUGCAGCUCCAGAAAAAUUCAAAGAUAGUUAUAAUGAAAAAGUUGAUCUUUUUAGUGUUGGAUGUAUUUUCUUUAAAUUGUAUAAAUAUUUUAUUUCAUUUUUUAUAGAGUUACAAGUAGAGAUUUAUUUCCUGGAAAAACUUCAAAUGAAAUCUUGAGAAUGAACAAAAUUUGCAAUAUAGAUUUUAAAAUUCUUCAAUUAUAUAAACUCUCAAAUGAAGAAAAGGAUCUUUUGAUUAAUCUUCUUGAAAUUGAUCCUGAAAAAAGAAUAAGUGCAGAAGCAGCUUUAUCUCAUCCUUAUUUUUAAUGUCAAAAUAUUUAAUUAGAUCAAUAAUAAUUGACUAAAACUAAAUCUAUUUAAGGUUCUACAACUACUACAAGUACUGAAAGAUGCAAUAAUUUAUUUUAAAAGGAAAUUAAUGAAAUCGAAAAGCAUUUAGAUGAAUUAUAAGUUGAUCAUGAAUCUCCUCAUAUUAGUGCAAUUCCUACUUUUAAAGUUUUAAAAAAAGAUUUUCAAAUUCAAUUAUCUCAAAUAAUAAGAAAGAAUUCAAAAUUAAAAAAAAGUGAAACCCAGGAAUAUAAUCAAUUAUGCUUUAAAAAUUCCAAAUUUUAACCAAGAAAUUCGGUUCAUUAAACAAUUGUUUGA